CCGAUGCAUAAGGUUUUAAAUUACUUAAUUGAAUGACUAGUUUCUUUGACGUUGUCAUUAUGGCUGCUGAUAUAUCUAUAAAACUGAGAUGAAGUAAGGCAUAUAGAAACAUAAAGCAAUGGAAGAAGAUAUCUACACUAAAGAUGGAACUACAGAUUUUCAAGGCAAUUCCGCCAUCAAGAAAAGAACAGGAACCUGGAAAGCCUGUCCUUAUAUUCUCGGAAAUGAAUGUUGUGAAAGAUUAGCAUACUACGGAAUAAACACAAAUCUUGUGAAUUAUCUGAAAUUUAAACUGAAUCAGAGCAGUGUUGAAGCUAUCAACAAUGUCACCAAUUGGUCAGGCACUUGCUAUGUUAUGCCUUUGCUCGGUGCUUUUUUAGCUGAUGCCUACUUGGGAAGAUACUGGACCAUUGCUAGCUUCUCUAUUCUUUAUGUUUUUGGAAUGACAUUGUUGACACUAUCAGCAUCUCUUCAUGAACUAAAACCAUCAUGCGAUGUUCAUACAAAUGUCUGCCAUCCGACAGGACAACAAACAGCAGUGUUCUUUCUAGGGUUAUACCUCAUAGCACUCGGCACAGGAGGAAUCAAGCCGUGCGUUUCUUCAUUCGGAGCCGAUCAAUUCGACGAUUCUGACGAAACCGAGAAGAAAAAGAAAAGCUCAUUCUUCAACUGGUUCUACUUUUCGAUUAACAUCGGCGCUCUUGUUGCUUCUUCCGUGCUCGUUUGGAUACAGACGAAUGUGGGCUGGGGCUGGGGGUUCGGGAUUCCGGCGGUGGCGAUGGCUAUUGCAGUGGUCAGUUUCUUUUCAGGGACGAAAUUGUAUAGAAAUGUAAAACCUGGGGGGAGUCCGUUGACUCGGAUAUGCCAAGUGAUUGUUGCGUCGUUGAGGAAAUGGAGUGUUGAAGUUCCGAAGGACGAGGCGGUUCUGUUUGAAACUCCUGAUGAGGAAUCUGCUGUUAGAGGAAGCCGGAAGCUUGACCACACAGAACAACUCAGUUUCUUUGACAAGGCAGCAGUGGAGACUCCAUCAGAUCGAGUCAAAGGCUCAAUAAACAAAUGGACCCUUUGCACUGUGACUCAGGUCGAAGAGCUAAAAUCCAUCAUCAGAUUACUUCCGAUAUGGGCAACAGGCAUAAUAUUUUCAGCUGUAUACAGUCAAAUGGGAACCUUAUUCGUCUUACAGGGCAAUACAAUGGAUCUUCAUAUGAACCGCUCCUUCGAAAUCCCCUCCGCUUCCCUUUCGCUUUUCGACACCAUCAGCGUGAUCUUCUGGGUACCCAUUUACGACAGAGUCAUCGUGCCAAUCGCCAGGAAGUUUACGGGACAUAAAAACGGGUUCACCCAACUCCAACGAAUCGCAAUCGGCCUUGUUAUCUCCAUAUUUGCAAUGAUUAUAGCAGGGACACUCGAGCUUAUCCGCCUCCGCGAAGUUCGGAGACAUAACUACUACGAACUCAAGCACAUUCCGAUGUCCGUAUUCUGGCAGGUUCCGCAAUAUUUUAUCAUAGGAUGCGCCGAAGUUUUUACUUUUAUCGGACAAUUAGAGUUUUUUUACGAGCAAGCACCUGACGCGAUGAGAAGCUUAUGUUCUGCUCUAUCACUAAUAACUACUGCACUUGGAAACUACUUGAGUACACUUCUGGUUAAUGUUGUUACAGGUUUGAGUACUAGACAUGGUAGCCAUGGAUGGAUACCUGACAACUUGAAUUACGGUCAUCUUCAUUAUUUUUUCUGGCUUUUAGCUGUUUUGAGUAUGGUAAAUUUGAUGUUUUACCUUUUGGUUGCUAGGGUUUAUACUUAUAAAAAACCUGUGAUAUGAUCUGCUAGCUAGCAAUUGACAAGAAUCUCUAAAUUUUAUUUGUUUUAUCUGAUUUAUUAAGUCAAUUCUUUUCAUAAACACUUCAUGGGCAUGGAGUAGUUUAGUUGUCUACCAAUUGCAAUGCUUCUUUUAGACCCCAUAUAAUAACAGGCAUGAUUGUAAUAUUGUUUAAGUGUAAUGCAAUUAAAGUUUUUCUUCA